CAAGAAUUCCAAACUAAUAAUUCAUUAACAGAGUAGGAAAGGACAAAGCAGCAAUCUUUUCGAAAGAUAAACAUUAAGGAAGAUGAUUGGAUUGGAUUGGAUUGAUCGUUACCCUUGGAACUGACGGAAGAGAAUUGCCGAUGUUCUUGAGAGAACCGCUGGUGUUUGCUACCCUUGGCACUGCUGAAACAGAGCCCCAUUAACUUCGACUGGAAAUGUAAUUUCAAUCUUUAGACCAAACCCAUCUUACACUUCAAUUCUCCCCUAUCAAACAUCUAUCCGCAGGCAGCGGAAUAUGCCAAAUUCCUAGAAAGAGAAUUGGACAGCACAAAUAUCUAAUCGGGAUGGGGGGCCCUCAACCCACAAGGGAAAAAGAAGAACAGGGGAAAAAGAAGAUUGAAUGGAGGAAGGAGAGUGGGCGGGGGAAAUCGAAUGGGUUUUCAGAUCUGAUCUGGGCUCGCCGGAAUCCUCUAAUGGUCGUCGCCGCCGCCGCCGCCACCGCCGCCGCCACGGAUUCCGCCGGAACCCAAAGGGAAAGUGGGAGGGAAAGCGCCAAGCGGGCAAAUCAGGGAAUUGGGUUUGGUGGGAGAUGGGAAGUAUCAAGUAUGAGAUAUAGUUAGGUUGAAGAAAAAGCAGGGGUCUGGACCAGAGACAGAGAGUUAAUUAUUUUUAGAUUUCUAGCAUGUGGCUUCCAUUUUUGUUCUUUAAACAAGAAGAAAUCGCCAAAAUCGCCACCAGACCAAACGGGCCCCCGCGGCUUUCAAAGUCUUCUAAGAACUACUCCUCUGCCUUUCUCCAAAAAAAAAAAAAAAACUAUUUAGGAAGAUGGAAGAAGAAGAGAAAUGGUUUGCAUUUCGUUGUAUAGCUGUUUUUCGAGAUUGAGAAAUGAUUUGAUUUGCAGAAACAAAAAAAUGUGACUGCUCAAUAGUCUCAAAUAAAACUGGAUUAAGUUUCAUUUUUCACUCAACAAUCUUAUUUUCAGUUAAUUUUGCUUUUCGGUUUAUCGUUUACUGGAUCAUAAUUGUUUUUGUUGAUAUUGAAUUACGUUUUAACUAUAUAUACUAGAUUCAUAAUCAAUGGCGGACCCAGGAUUGUCGGAAAGGUGUGUCGCCAAUAAAAUAAAAUAAUAAUUAAAUUAAAUUAAAAAUUAAGUUAAUUAAAAGAAAUUAAUUCAUAAAGUUCACAAUGUCAUGUUUACAACGAACCACGACGACUUUUCAUCUGCUGAAAUGUCUCUAAAAUACAUUCAUCACUUAUGCAGCAAAGCAAAUCUUUUUCAAUAUACACAACUAAACAAUCAUUCAUAAAUUGGUCACUCAACCGAUUUCGAAGAUCGUUCUUGAUUAUCUUCAUAGCUGAAAAUGCUCUUUCGCAGCUUGCAGUUGCCACAGGUAAGGUCAACACCAACUUUAACAGCAAGUAAACUAAAUGAUAAAGAGUGUCCUUUCCCCUUUCCACCAAUUUCCUAGCUAGCUCGUCGAUUCCUCGCAAUCCAUCAAAGCUCUUAUCCUCCUUGACAUGAGAAAUGUAGCCCCCCAAUUGUUGAUGAAGUCGUGAGAGCACAUUGGAUGGAAACUCCUCGGGAUAAAACUUAGUAAGACUCAUCAACUUUGCUUUAUCAAAAGAAGCAAAAGAGUUAGCUGGACUAAAACAAGAAAUGCAGUCCAACAAUCGAGUGUUCACCUCACCAAAUCGAGUAUUCAAUUCUUGCAGCUACAAAUCUAUAACUGCAUAGAAUAAAUCGACUUGAUAGUAAUGCAAGUUUGUAGGCUGAUGAGGGGUGCUACGUCUUGUUCUUCCAGCAAGAGUGAACAAGUCAUUCUUGUUAGGAACAUGAAUUUGUUCCUUAGUGCAGAAUGAAACCACAUCAUCAAAUAGAGGUUCCCACCCUUCAUCUCUCAACUCUUAUAGUCUCUUCUUUGAGCAAUUAAUGAGUUCCAUAGCAUUAACAAGGUCUUGAUCUUUCCUUUGUAAUGCUAUAGACAACUCAUUUGUAAUUGCAAGCACUUCAAUCAUCAUCUUCAUGUGAAAGACAAACUGAAAAGUUUGCAUUUGAAGCAGAGAAUUCACUACUUUACCUUGUGCCUCCUUUGAACGUGUGUCAAAUUGCCGUCGUCGCGCUGCCCGCCGGUGAAGGGAUGUCCGCCGAGGCCGAGAUGGGUUGCCGUGCCGACUUGCCCGUUCUGCCUUUGUCUGGGUUUUUUGCUCGUCUGGGAUCUGGGAUUUUUUGCGAGCGAGAGAAGAGGGAACCAAGGGGAAUAAUGGGGAUGAGUUGCUGGGAAUUGAGAUAUGGAGAGGGAACAUGUCAUUGGGCCAUUAAUUGGGGAGAUUGGGCCAUUAAUUGGGGAUGGGGAGGGAAGGAAUAAUAAUGGGGAGGUAGUGGGCUAGUGGCCGACUGGGCUUUUGGCCUGUGAGUUCUUUUCUCAUUUAAUUAAAGGCUCAUGCCCAACACUCAUCACACAUGUAUAUUGUAUGGGCUAAGAGUGUUUUUUUAAUAGGAAGGAUAGGAUUAUGCUUUAUGAGUUAUUUUAAACAAAAUUAAAAAGGAUUA